GAAUUACGUCACGACCACUUUCUCUGGAAGAGCUUCCGAAAAUAUAGCGGCAUAUAUAUUUUCAAAAACUUGAAAGCAUAACAAACUACCAUGGAUAGUUUGUCAAAACUGUAAAGUUGAAGUGCAUGUAGACCAUUUAGACAUCCCAUAUUACAGUGAACGGCUUGCUAGCUUCUUUCUGGACAUAGCUACUCCUAGCUCCCGAGCUAGCUAUGUGCCAUGGUUGUUCUCAGAGAUGGCAUGUGUCCUGGAUUGAGUGAAGAAUUGGUUGUGGCUUUACGGGCAGCAGACAUUACAACAGUGGAAGAUCUGGUGUCAUCAGAUACAGAAGACCUUGCUCAAAAAUGUUCCGUGUCCUAUAAGGCCCUGCUGGCUAUACGCAGAGUGCUCCUUGCCCAGCACACAGCAUUCCCUGUAUCAGGUGCUGAUCUAUAUGAAGACCUGCUGAGUUCAACAGCCAUCCUCUCCACAGGCAAUCCUAGUCUAGAUAAGCUUCUAGACUCUGGCUUGUACACAGGAGAGCUCACAGAGUUCGCAGGAAGCCCUGGAAGUGGAAAAACCCAGGUGUGUUUUGGUGUUGCAGUGAAUAUAUCUUACCAACUGAAGCAGAGCGUCAUAUAUGUUGACUCAACAGGAGGACUAUCGGCAAGUCGCUUGCUUCAGAUGCUCCAAGCGAAGUCGUGCAAAAUAGAAGAACAGAUGGAGGCUCUUCAGAGAAUCCAGGUCUUUCCAGUGUUUGACAUCUUCUCGUUACUUGACUGUCUACAUCAUUUUCGAUGCGUUGGACUUCAGCAGGCAUCUGCAGGAGGUGGCUCAGUCAAAGCUGUAAUUGUGGAUUCAGUGUCAGCAGUUAUUUCUCCCAUACUGGGAGGCAAACAAAAUGAAGGCAUGUCCAUGAUGAUGCAAGUGGCAGGGCUGUUGAAGACAAUCGCCAAAGACUUCAAUGUAGCCGUUCUGGUUACAAACACUGUGACCAGAGACGGCAAUGGGCAGCUGAAAGCCGGACUGGGCCAAUCGUGGAGUCACGUACCUAGAAUUCGGAUUCUACUGCAACGGCUCGAGAGGCCGGGUUUCACUUGUUCUAGCGUACACACUGCCACUUUGGCCAAGUCCUCAAGACAGCCUUGUCAUCUGAAAGAAGAGUUUGACCUGCAGUGCUGGGGCAGGUCUGAAGAACAGCUGUAUGGAAAGUCAGGAAAGAGGAAGCUGGAGAACACUGAGCCCAGCUAGGCCUCAA